AAAAACAUUUUUCCCAUAUUAAAAAAUAGAAAAAAAAGAUGAAAUAAAUCCAAACACGAAAUUAGGACAGUUCAUUGAUUUUAGUCCAAAGAAAGGAAUUAAAAGGGCAUUUUUGGUAAUUGGUGGAGAAAAAGGAAAUUAGAAGAAGAAGCUACUGCAACUAGAAGUUGAUAUUUGUUUUCGCCUCAAUUUUCUUCAAGAUCCUUCUUGUUUCGCUCGAUUCAAUCUCAACAGCACAAACCGUAUAGAAUAGUUUUGAUUUAUAAGCCAUCUUUUUGAAGAGUUUGAAGAAAUGCUUGUAUCUGCUCUACUUACAUCUGUGGGAAUAAAUUCUGGACUUUGUGUAUUAUUCUUCACAUUGUAUUCAAUUUUAAAGAAACAGCCUAGUAAUUAUGAAGUUUAUGUACCACGCUUGGUGGCUGAAGGGAAAUCUAAGCGGAGAAGUUCGUUCAACUUAGAAAGGUUAAUACCAUCUACUGGCUGGGUCAAAAGGGCAUGGAAGCCAUCUGAAGAGGACCUUUUGUCAACCUCCGGCUUAGAUGUUGUUGUCUUUAUGCAUAUUAUAACAUUUAGUUUGAAAGUAUUUUUGUUUGCUGGGGUUAUUGGUAUAUUUGUUCUUCUCCCAGUGAAUUGCUCUGGAGAUCAGCUUCAGGAUAUUGAUUUUGCUGAUUUGUCAAAUAAUUCUUUGGAUGUGUUUUCCAUUUCAAAUCUAAGCAGUGGCUCAAAAAGGUUAUGGGCUCACUUUAGUGCUGUGUAUCUUGUCACUGCAUUCGUUUGCUAUCUGCUCUAUUAUGAAUUUAAAUAUAUAACUGCAAAAAGGAUUGAUUUUUUUCACUCAACUAAACCUCAGCCUCAUCAAUUCACAAUAUUGGUGCGCAGUAUCCCUGUUUCUGCUGGGAAUAGUGUGAGAGAGAGUGUUGAAAGGUUUUUCCUGGAGUACCAUCCUUCUACAUACCUUUCACAUAUGGUUGUUCAUCGAUCAAGUAAACUCCGAAGUCUCGUUAAGGAUGCAAAAAAGUUGUGUAAAAGGCUUACACACUUACAAUCAGAAUCUAGUCAGCAGAAGUAUAGGCAUGUUGGGUUGUUUCGGAAGAAGGUUGAUCUGGUGGAUCAUUAUGGAAAGAAAUUAGAAGACGUAGAGGAGAAUAUGAGAUUAGAGCGAUCUGAAGUUUCAUUGGCAGCAGAAGAAGUUCGAGCAGCUUUUGUGUCUUUCAAGUCUAGGUAUGGUGCAGCAGUUGCCUUCCACAUGCAACAAUCGACUAACCCAACAGAGUGGGUCACAGAGCUAGCUCCCGAGCCACAUGAUGUCUACUGGCCCUUUUUCUCAUCAACAUUCAUGAAAAGAUGGCUUUCUAAGAUUGUUGUUGUUGUUGCAUGCAUACUCCUGACAAUUUUGUUUCUUAUUCCUGUUCUGCUUGUGCAAGGUCUUACUAACCUAAAUCAGUUGGAAAUUUGGUUUCCGUUCUUGAAAAGCAUUCUAACCGUAACAUUCGUCAGCCAGGUAGUUACAGGGUACCUUCCCAGCCUUAUUCUUCAGUUGUUUCUCAAGAUUGUGCCUCCAAUAAUGGAGUUCCUUUCCUCCAUUCAAGGAUACAUAUGCCACAGUGAAAUUGAGAAGAGUGCAUGUAACAAAGUGCUCUGGUUCACAAUAUGGAACAUAUUUUUUGCAACGGUAUUUUCUGGAUCACUUUUAUAUCAGGUUUCUAUAUUCCUUGAUCCCAAGAAAAUUCCUGCCAGGCUUGGCGUUGCUGUUCCUGCACAGGCAUCUUUUUUCAUUGCUUAUGUCGUGACAUCCGGAUGGACGAGUACUUCAUCAGAACUUUUUCGCAUCUUCCCGCUUAUGUGGAGUCUGAUAAAAAAACCUUUCAGUUGUUGCUCGGAUGAAGAGUUUGAAGUUCCAUCGAUUCCAUACCACCGAGACAUUCCAAGAAUUCUUUUCUUUGGACUUCUAGGAAUUACAUAUUUCUUCCUUGCACCAUUAAUUCUGCCCUUCCUCUUGGUGUACCUCUGUCUUGCUUAUAUCAUCUAUCGCAACCAGUUCAUUAAUGUAUACGCACCGAAGUAUGAGACCGCAGGGAAAUUUUGGCCCAUUGUGCACAAUUCAAUGAUAUUCUCUCUCUUACUCAUGCAAGCCAUUGCAUUUGGAAUCUUCACACUGAAGAAACUCUCAUUAGCGUCCACUUUGGUUAUCCCUCUCCCUAUCCUCACACUCCUCUUCAACGAGUACUGCCGGAAACGUUUCUUGCCGAAUUUCAUCGCUUACCCUGCCGAGGUUUUGAUAAAGAGAGACAGGGAGGACCGACAUGAUCCGAGUAUGGCAGAAUUCUAUGAGAACUUAGUGACUGCCUAUCAGGACCCAGCCUUGCUACCAAUUGAGUUUUCCUCAAAUCCCGACAGUCUUAGUAGCCCUCUUAUAUCUGCUGCUCAAGUUGUACGUUAAGGUAUGGUUUUCAACAUUAGCUAUCAAAGGUGUAAGAGGAAAUGUGUGCUUGGAACUUAAUUAUGUUUGUUAUUGUCCUCAUUAAUAUACAUGUUACUUGUGGAUAUCAGCAUGUAAAUUACUCUUGAUUAC